GAGUUUGUCACUGGAGUCGUGUAGAAGUCAGGCCAACUCCAAUCGCUCGCUCUCGCGCAAACCACUUCAGCAAUUCUCUUCUCCAGGCAUCCGCCGCAGUAAGUUCGGUAUCUCAAGGCCCGCUCGGACGUCGAAACAAACGGAGAACCGAACAGCGAUCGCAUCAAUUAUCCUCGGUGGCGGUACUUCGCGAGUCUUACCAAACAUCUCCAACCGACUGUGGAGGGGCCGUGUGCUAUUAAUUCGAUUAAAAUCAGAAAAUUAUCUUCCUCUCGAAGCGAUCCUCCGACGAGAACUCCUCGUUGCUUUGCACAACAAUUUUCUUGUCUUCUUCGCGCGCCGGCGCAACUCAGCUACGACUCUGCUGGUUUGUCCAAGAUUUUAUGACUUUUCGAGUGAAGUAGGUUGGGAAAGGAUCGACUGCAGAGAGAGAUCUCCGAACUUGUGCUCGUUUAAUGUUAUGGUCGUUAUUAAUAGUGGUGGCUUUAAUUUUCUGUGUUGUUUUGCCAGUGAACGGCAGGAAAGACUGACUGCGGAAGAGGAAAGCAAAACUUGGAAGAACUUGGAAUUGUAACUUUUGUUUUCGCGCGCAUCACGAUUCCGGGAUUGAUUGAGUGAGAACUGAGUAUGAAAGUGGAAAGUUUGAAUUGUGCACUAGCAACUGCACUGAAAACCGAAUUCCCAUAAAUCACCGAGCGCUCUCGUACCUACAUUCCCGUAAUCGUACCAUAUCAUCAAACGGCAAUCCAAAGCAUAAUCGCUCAUUUUCUCUCGUUGCCCAAAUGAUGAACAACCAUCGCCACACGACGAGCUGAUUCACACAAAAGCUCCAUCACAAGAUCCAACGAAUCACAAAGCACGGAAAGCGCAUCACAAUAGAUUCGGCGAGCGUGAGCGGCUGCCGACUGAGCGAGAGAGUGAGAGAUCCGUCCAUCGAUCGGUUCGAUCGAAACAAAUCGCGAAUCGCUCGCGAGCCAUUGGCGCACGAUUGGUCACUAGGCGUGUUGUAGUCUCGGCUUGGCCAUCGUCCGGUUCGCAUCAUUUUACGUCGCCGUCGUCGUCAUCUAAAUGUUGUGCUCGGUUGUUCAGUUUGAUUGAAUCUCAAAACGCAAAACCUCAGUGACAAAAUUUGAGAAGGUGCUCGAAUAGUGUCAGUGCGCGUGUUCGAUUUUUAAUGCUGUUUAAUUCCACUGGAAUCAAUUUUCAUACGACCCUAUCAAUAAUGCACUAGGACGAGUGAUUUUGUGUUGUGAUUAAUGUAGUGAAUGAAGAAGAAUUAUUAAUGCACGAUUAUUCAACUGUAAAAAAUUGUCCAGUUCGGGGGAAAAAGGCAGUACUGAUAGAGUCUCGUGUGGUUCAAUUAUUCAACGUGAAUUCAUUAAUUCAAACAUCCGAAGAAGACAACGGCAACAACGUGGUGAAAAGACGAUUAAUUCAUUUCCAGUCCGGUCAUAUCAGUUGUAUAAAUAAUUACCUCAACGAAAAAAAAACAGAGAAAAAAGCAACAUACACAACAGCAGUAGAAUAACGACCGGCGAGUAGACAAAAACAAAGCGAAAACAACGAAACGCACAGCAAGAACAAGCAAAAUUUCCUCCCCCUUCCCUGGCCGGUAGAAACGGAAACGCUACGUCACAAAUACGUCCACCAUGGUGCUGGUGCUGAAUGGCGUCCUGCAGGAUGACUGUCCCAUGGAUACGCACUCGCUCUUCGUACAACAUCCGGUUUACCGGGAAACGGCUACACAGUUCCUGUCCAUUCCGACGAAAACGGUUGGUGCUCCCGGAUUGCUGUACGUGUGUCAACGAGAGAUGGCCGCCGUGGCUCCACACGACAAAAAUGUAAAUAUCAUAGGAUCGGACGAUGCCACGACGUGCGUCAUUGUGGUGGUGCGGCACUCAGGUUCCGGCGCGGUAGCGCUUGCUCACCUCGAUGGCACCGGUACCGACGAGGCUGUUUCAACGAUGGUUGCCCGCGUCCAGGAACUUGCCUUCGGCUAUCCAGAGGGCCGAAUCGAACUACAGCUGAUAGGUGGCUUCAAAGAUUCCCAAGGAUACGCGGAGGAUCUGUUUAGCAACAUCAUGCAAUCGUUCCACAAGCACCCACUGGAGAUCGAUUUGACGCAGGCCUGCGUCGGCGAGUUGAACACCAUCCUCCGGGGGGAUCUCAACUGGCCAAUCAUCUACGGGAUCGGAGUGAACGUCAAAACCGGAGAAAUAUUCCCGGCCACAUUCCCAGACAAGGGGCCCGAUCUUCAGCUGCGCAUGGCACGACACUUCACUGGGGGCCAUCAGGUGCUCGACAUCUACGACUCAACGGUCGGAAUGCUCCGAAUCGGCCCGUUCAACUACGAUCCACUGCGCGGGGUGGACCUUUGGCUGUCGCAGAGCGACGAGUUCAUCCUUCAACAUCUAUCCACUAGUCCCGAAGUUGAACCACCCCACUUUGCUAUGCAAGUCCGUGCCACACUUAGAUACAUCCAGGACAACCAAUUCCCGGCGGUCACGGUGUUCCGGAAUAACAACCCGCACUACUUUAGGCGAGACGAAACGACCGGCUGCUGGGCACCGGUGCGCUUCUAGUAGAUCCAAUCGAGACACCUUGUUUCCUACGUAGUUACGUAUUGUUUGAUUUGUAUCGGCGCUCUCUUCGGCGUAAUAUUCUUUAUUUAAUCCUAGCAUAGAGUCUCAAAAGACACCACUUUGCACCUCCUCUUUCUGCGAUGGGCCUUCGAAUGAGAGCAGACUUUUUUGUAUGUGUUUACCAACCUGCAGUUGGCUAUACAGUGGCUCAAUUUCAUUUUCGUACGGGCCACUGUUUUCAUAUCAA